UUGUGCCGCAGGGAUUUGGUUUCUAUUAUUUAGUUUUUUCAUUCAUUUCAGGAUCAAGCCAUUUUCCUUUUUCUAUCCUUUUUGGGUUUGUGUUUAUAUUUUUGCAAACUUGGCUAUAGUGGAAAAUAAUAUUUUUGCUCUAUCUUUUAAUCUGACCUUUCGAUUUUCAAGUUUUUACUUGCAACAAGUGGCUGUACCAUGAAGCACGUGAGACACCUUUCUCCAUGUGUGGCCCUGAUUCUUUUUGCUUCACUGGUUGGAGCCAAGUUCUACAGUCCACCCCAGUAUAACCAUUACCAGGCAGGACACGCUCAGCAUCAUGACCCUGGGAAACCCACCAGCAGACACAAGAACCACUGUGCCUACGUGGUUGAGAAGACCGUUUCCUUCACCAUGCAAGAGGGGGCGGCCCCGUACGUCAAGGCUGAGUACAACAACUGUUCCUGGGGGAAGAAAUGUCCUGCUCUCCUGUAUCGUCUGAUGUACAAACCCAUCUUCAAAGUGGCUCACAAGACGGUGACGGAGCUGGAGUGGCGGUGCUGUCCCGGCUUCUCCGGCUACGGCUGCAUGGAGUCGGCUUAUCACCACCCUGUCCGCAUGAUGCCCCCCUUCAACGGCCCGUCGUACAAGGGCCAAACGUUUAAGGGACCUCAGUUCAAGGGCCCCCCGCACAAAGGCCCCGUAUUCAAGGGCCCCAUGGUCAAGGGGCCCAUGUUCAAGGGCCCCCCCAUGAAGGCCAACCCAUGGGGUCAGCUGAACGGGCCCCCUCCUGGCGGGUACCCCAUGCGUCACUUUGACUCUCCGAUGGCCCCCUCUUACCCCGAGACAUCCUUUGAAGAAUACCCCUCGGGACCCGGGGCCAUGCCGGACCACCAGGGCCCUCAUCAAGGCCAGCAUGAGACAGAGCCAGAGCACGAGACGCAGCCGGAAACAGAACCCGGACAUGGACCUGAACACGGGCAUGGACUCGGACAUGAGGACCAACACGGCCAUGCACCGGCACAACAUGUGUCCGUUCAAACUGCUCCUACUGAUGAAGGCCUAGAGGUUGAAGGCCAAGGACUGAACGGCGAGGCGGGUGAGCGUCUGGACCAGAUGGAGGACGACCUCCGGCGUCUGAGCCAGGGUCUGGAGACGCUGAGGGGGACCGUGAACGGGCUGGAGGACGGUCUGCGCGCCUCCCUGAGGGAAGACGCCAACAGGAUGCUCUCCGCCCUGCUCUCGGCCGGCCCCAGCCCCGUGUCGGCCCCGGCGCCCGCCGUGGGGUUCGGGGACAUCCCCGGCGGAGACCCCGCGCUGGACGGGCUGGACGGCAGGCUCGUGUUCCCCGUCGCCGGGGGCCUGGACGGGAAGAUGGAGGAGCUGAGGGCGGACCUCCGGGCCAGAACAGCCGAGCUUCUGGAGCUGAGGACCACGGUGCUGAGCCACGACGGGGCCCUGAAGACGCUGUCGGGGGGGCGGUCCGGCUCCGUCGGCGGCCUCGUAGGAGACGGCCGGAAGGCUGCAGAAACCCUGGUGGACGUCAAGCUGAGCUCGGCCCGAGCGGAGAUCCUGGACGGGUUGGAGGGGCGGGUGACGGGCGCAGAGGGCCGCUGCGAGGAGAAGGCCGGCGAGGUGAGGCGUCAGUGCCAGCGGGAGCACGGGGAGCAGCAGGAGCGGAUGCAGCAGGGCCUGGAGGACAGGGCCGGCACUUUGAAGAGAGAGAUGGUCCACCUGCGGACUCAGGUCCACGGACUGGAGGCGGCGGAGAGCUGCUGUGGCGGGAUGCCCGGGCUGGUGGACAGGAUGCAGCAGCUGGAGACGUCAGUGGCGGGACUCAACCGGUCCCAGGGCCACCUGAGGGUGGAGCUGGGGGGCCACAGGGACCACAUCGAGGGCAUGCUGGAGGGGAGGCUGGGGUACGUGGAGUCCAAGCUCAAUCUGACAGGUACGGCCACACCUGGGCAGCUGGCAGGACGGGCCGGUGGCGCGCUCGGCAGCGACGUAGAGCAGAGGCUGGAGGCUAAGAUGGCGGGGCAGCUGAAGGCUCUGGAGGGCCGGCUGCUGAACGCCGUGGAGGAGCUGGGCAACGCCACGGCCCCCGCCCUGCUGGAGGGCCACGCCGUGCCCACCCUGGAGACGGAGCUGGAGUCCCUCCGGCGGAGGCUGGAGACGGACGUGGACCGCGUCCAGAAGCACCUGAGCAGCCUGGAGGUUCGCUGCGGCUCGUCCUGCGCCUCGUCCCCCGGCUCCUCCGCCAUCCAAGGAGACGCGGCCACGACCACCGCCGCAGACCCGCGCCAGGAGGAGGUCUUGAAGGGGGUGUUGGACCUCCAGGCGGACCGCCUCGACAGCCUCAACGCCACGCUGGACGGCCUCCAGAGGCAGCUGGCCCUCAGGGAGCAGCAGGAGGCGGCGGCGGCGGGGGGCUCCUCCGUUCAGGGCGAGCUCAUCUUCCUCAAGUUCAACAUCCGCUCGGUGAACCGCACGCUGUCCGUCCUGCGGGGCUCGGUGGGGGCGGUGGAGCACCAGGUGGAGCGCGCCAACAGCACCUGGCACCAGCGGGAGGAGCGGCUGGCCGGGCAGAUGAGGGGCGUGGUGCAGCUGGUGGGGCGGCAGGCCUCCAUGCUGGGGUCCGGCGAGCGCCGGCUCACCCGGCUGAAGGGGGAGCUGACGGAGAUGAGGCGGAGGCUGGCGGGGGAGCUGCAGGGCUGCCGCAGCACCGCCCUGGGGGUGAGGAAGGAGGUGACGCAGGUGGAGGGCCGCGUGGCCAGCGUGGAGGACCGGUGCAAGGGGCUGAGCCACGUGGCGGAGGACCUGGAGCGGAUCCGGGAGGAGCUGGAGAGCCAGGCGGAGGGGCUGUUCACCCAGCUCAACGGCACCCUCUACAGCCACGCCCAGCAGCUGACCGACCUCCGGGGGGAGGUGAGGAACUGCAGCGCCAAGGCGGAGACCACGCCCCCGACAACCGCCGCCCCGGGUCAGACGAGGGGAGACGCGUUCACCUUGAUUUAG